CAAACUAUUGCGAGACAAAAGAUUACAGGGCGUGUACUGUUCUCCACUUCUUAGGACAUCUGGCUGGUUUUCGGACAUCAGAAAUGUAGUUAGGAUAAAUCUUUGGCUAAAAUGACUCUUUUGAGGGUAGCUAUGAUGCUGCUGAUGCUUCAGUGCAUCACAGGAAGAGUAGACAACAGUGAAACGGAAGAAGCAACAUACGGAGCUAACGCCAUAGAAAAUCCACAAAUACGCAAAGAAGAUUACGAAAGCGACAACGUACAUGACGUUCUGCAGCAAAUGGGCAUCUAUGUUGACGAUAUCGAUGAAACAAAUCAGAAACGAAUUGAUGAUAAAAAUGAUGAAGCAGCUGUCCAGAGUAGAGAAGAAGCAUCAGAAUCAGACGAUAUUUACGAUCUUCUCCGAGCAAGGGGAUUCGACAUAGCUGGCAAGAACAACAACGCAGACAAAAAUACCAGAAAACAAGAAGUGCGAGGAGUGGUCAUCACUGGCCAGGAAGAUGACUCAGCAGUAAAUGAUAAACCUAUUAACGUCAUCAACAACGAGAUAUACAUUCCCAAACGGCUGUGGGACAAAUAUAUCAAAGAAGGGAAAAUCCACAUCAUCAACAACAUGAUCAACAUCUACCUACCCCAGCCUAUAGACGUUCCAGGAGGCAAAGAUGAGUAUCACGCCAAUCUACCAAGUGGGCCCAUGACGAUACAGGUUGGGGCCGAGCCUGCUACCUUGAAGGACACGCAAAUGGAGGAGGGAAAGUCCGUUCUACCCAGCGUUGUCCUGGGAAGGCUAACUAGAAGAGACACUGCGUCAACUUCAGAUGAACAUACUGGCACUGCAGAAAGAGACAAACGGAGUGAGAAACGAGACGCUUCUGAACAUCAAAAACAAGAGGAGGGCGCCUGAUCAAAAGAACAACAGUAACAUCAACGACUUAACACUAAAAUGGACUUCACACAAUGUGGAUUAAGUUAAAACCAUUUGUUGGACAUGGUGCAAGUCCCAACUUCGAAAGUGAUUGUUGAACUGUUUAUGAAGCAUUUAUAAAUUAUGAUUAGCUAAUAAUCUAGGGCUAAUAGUAGAGAUACGAAGCUGAUAUCCUUUUUUUUAUUAUGCAAUGCUUACAAUGUCUAUGGAUACUAGCUAUAUAUCCAAGUAAUAACUGUUCCAAAGAGUAAUUACUUCUUGGUGCAACCACAGUGAGUAUGCAGAUGUUGUUAAACAGGUGCAUGAAAGAAAAGCUGCAGUUUUCAAAUGACAUGUUAGAUGGCAUACAUGUACACGUAGGCUAAGCACCUUGUCACAGGUGCAGAAAUUAUUUUAUAUGGUGUACCCGAAGUAUUUGACAUCCUGAGAAGCCGUCCUAUUCACAUAAAUAAGUCAAACAACUGGAUUUCAAAACAUACAUCCAGUUGGCUUUUAUUUUCAAGUGA